AUGGCAAACGAAAAGGGUGCGUGCCAGACGACGAAUACCGUCCGUGUAAAGGACAAGGACAACGAGGAGAAGGAGAUUAUUCCCCUUGACAAGGACGACAUAGCGCUACUUAAACUCUAUGGCUCAGGCCCGUACCACGCGCCAGUGAAGGAGUUGGAGGAGUUUGUCAAAACAAAAGGGGAGGAGGUCAACAAACUAGCAGGUGUAAAGGACAACGAACUUGGCCUUGCACCACCUGUGCAAUGGGACCUCAACAGUGAUCAGGAGGUGAUGCGAUCGGAGAACUCCCUUCAUGUUGCACGGUGCACCCGUAUUCUCAAUAAGGGACAGGCGGAUGCAAAGUAUAUUGUGAAUAUUCGCGAUACCGCCAAAUACGUUGUGAAACUCGGUAAUCGUGUUGCCCCAGAGGAUAUUGAGGAGUCGAUGCGGGUUGGUGUGCUACUGGGGUACUCCAGCAUUCACAUUGAAAUCCCACUACCACCCCGUAUCGACCCUUCGGUUUCAAUGAUGCAGGUGGAGGAGAAGCCGGAUGUCACGUACAACGACGUGGGCGGAGUCAAGGAACAGAUUGAUCGCAUCCGCGAGGUGGUAGAACUGCCACUGACACAUCCGGAGAAAUAUACACAACUGGGUAUUGACCCGCCGAAGGGUAUCCUCCUUUAUGGACCGCCAGGUACGGGCAAGACGCUGCUGGCAAAGGCCGUCGCAAAUCGCACAGACGCCACCUUUAUCCGUGUCAUUGGAUCCGAACUGGUGCAACGCUACAUUGGCGAGGGUGCCCGUAUGAUUCGUGAGAUAUUUCAAUUGGCCCGCUCAAAGAAGGCGGCCAUUAUUUUCUUUGACGAGGUAGAUGCAGUGGGCGGAGCCCGGGGAGGUGAUGACGGCGAUGAUGAGAUUCAACGCACUAUGCUGGAAAUGGUUAAUCAAAUGGACGGAUUUGACUCGCGCGGUAACGUGAAGGUUAUCAUGGCGACAAACCGCCCCGACACACUUGACCCCGCACUCACGCGCCCAGGACGCAUGGACCGUCGCCUCGAGGUUGGACUACCAGAUCUUGAGGGACGCACAAAAAUUUUGCGCAUUCACGCUAAAUCUCUGUCAUGUGAAAAGACCAUUCGCUUUGAGCUAAUUGCGCGUUUGUGCCCAAACGCCACUGGCGCAGACCUGCGAUCGGUGUGCACAGAGGCUGGCAUGUUUGCUAUUCGCGCUCGACGCAAGACCAUCAACGAAAAGGAUUUUCUGGACGCCGUCAACAAGGUGAUCAAGGGCCUUCACAAGUUCAGCGCCACAGCGAAGUAUAUGGUGUACAACUGA